UGGCCUCUCCGGUCUCCGCUAUCCCUUGAACCCCAUGGAUAUGGUCCACUCACGGAUGAUGGUCUUCUUCAGCCGUUGGCGCAGAGAAGAAGAAAUACCCAUUCGCAUUCCCAUUCCCAUUCCUGGUCCAAGCUUCCUUCAGAUCUCCUACAAUUGGUGUUUGACCGCCUUAGUUUCGCAGAUUUCCAACGAGCUAAAUCAGUCUGUUUCUCUUGGCAAUCAGUUUCAAGAAACUCUCAGCCAAAUAACCAAAUCCCUUGGAUGAUUCGAUUCCCUAAGGGCAACGAUCCCGACCACAACAAUUACUGUCUCCUUUUCAACCCUGAAAAAAAAUACAACAUGUACAAAACUCCAAACCAAGGCAAUGAUUUCGCCAAGAGCUUUUGUGUGGCAACUUACAAAAGCUGGCUUCUCAUGCAACCACAGUAUAAAUACAUGGACGACCAUCGGUUUAAUCUUUAUAUUCUCGAUCUUUUAACCGGCGAGAGAAUCAAUCUACCCACUUUCGAAACAGAGUAUGGACUCACCUGUCCUGUAUUAUGGAUCGACGAGAAAACCAAAGACUACUUACAUAGCUUAGUUAUUGGAAUGGCUGACGAAGACUAUGCCAUUUCUUUCAAGAGAGGAGACAACUCGUGGAAACAAAUCCCAACCUUGUCAGGUAUCGAAGAGUGUUUUAGCAUGGUUUACAAGGAUCACAAGCUCUACUGUCUCAACUAUUAUAACCUCAAGAUCUUCGAUUUUUCUCAAGACAACACUCCGGUUAGAGUUUUCAAAACUAGCGUAAGUGGAUGCUUAAAACAACCAGGAGGUUUUUGCAUGAGACUCCCUGGAAUCCCAAGGAAGGACCAGGCGGCUCACUUUAAGGACAACUUGGUAGUCACGCUAACCGGAGAUGUCUUAAUCGUUAAGUGCCAUCGUCCUAGUUUUUCCGAGAUAUGGGAAUUUGAAAUCUACAAGAUGUUAGGGAACAACGAGUGGGAGGAAGUUUUUUCUUUGGGAGACGAGGCGAUGCUUUUGGAUUUGGGUAUCACAGUGCUUGCUAAGGACAUGCAAGGAAUCAAAAGCAAUUCCAUCUUCGUAGUCGACCUCGGUUCAAACACGGUCGAACUACCCCACCGGUUUGUUUGCUCUUCCUUUCCCUGUUCCAGAGCUCGAUGGUUUUUGCCAAGUUUUAAACGAGAAUGA